CGGGCGCGUCCCAGGUUGGCAGCUUCGAGCCAAGCCCGCGGCAACGGCGGCGGUGGCCAGAGUCGGUUGCUCACGGGCUCCGCGUAGCUCCAGUCGUUUUCCUCGCUCCUGCAGCACCGUCUGGCCCCCGCGGGAGAGGGAGACCCGGCGGCGCUCUGCCCGAGAACUCUGGUGUUUCAGCCUCGUGGCACCUCCAGAGAAAGCCAGGUGCACGCAGGUGCAGCUGGAGUCCCAGAGCAGGCGGACUCCCGCCCGCCGCCAGAUCGCACCUCUUGGAACCUCGACCGCCGAGCCUUCUCCAGCGCCUGCAGCGCAGGGCGCGCGGGGAGAGUGAGGGCCACGGCUGGGGAAGGAGUGACCAGGACACCGAUGAUGGACGCACAGACCUGGCGUAUGGGCCAUCGCUGUCUCCUCCUCCUGGCUCUCGUUGGUUUUACCCGAAGCGAGGGAAUGCAGAGCUGCGAAGAAGUUCGGAAACUUUUCCAGUGGCGCCUGGUGGGGCCCGUCAAGGGGCUGCCGGAUUCGCCGCGGGCAGGACCUGAUCUUCAGGUUUGCGUAGCCAAAAAACCUACGUGUUGCACCAGGAAGAUGGAGGAGAGAUACCAGAUCGCAGCUCGCCAAGAUAUGCAGCAGGUGCUGCAAACAUCCAGCUCUGCAUUAAAGUUUCUGAUAUCUCGAAAUGCAGCUGCCUUUCAAGAGACCCUUGAAACGCUCAUCAGACAAGCAGAGAAUUACACCAGCAUACUUUUCUGCAACACCUACAGGAACAUGGCCUUGGAGGCUGCUGCUUCCAUCCAGGAGUUCUUCACUGACGUCGGGCUCUAUUUAUUUGGUGCGGAUGUUAAUCCUGAAGAAUUUGUAAACAGAUUCUUUGACAGUCUUUUCCCUCUAGUCUACAAUCAUCUCAUUAACCCUGGGGUGACUGACAGUUCCCUGGAAUACUCGGAAUGCAUCCGGAUGGCCCGCCGGGACAUCAGUCCGUUCGGUAACAUUCCCCAAAGAGUCCUGGGGCAGAUGGGACGAUCGCUGCUGCCCAGCCGCACGUUUCUGCAGGCGCUGAAUCUGGGCAUUGAAGUCAUCAACACCACAGACCACCUGCGCUUCUCCAAAGAGUGCAGCAGGGCGCUCCUGAGGAUGCAGUACUGCCCUCACUGCCAGGGCCUGACGUUCAGUAAGCCAUGCAUGGGCUACUGCCUCAACGUCGUGAGAGGCUGCUUGGCACACGUGGCAGAGCUUAACCCACACUGGCACACGUACAUCCGGUCGUUGGAAGAGCUGUCGGAUGCCAUGCAUGGGACAUAUGAUGUUGAACACGUGCUCCUGAACUUCCACUUGCUCGUUAAUGAUGCUGUGAUGCAGGCUCACCUUGAUGGACAGAAAAUAUUGGAACAGGUAUAUAAGAUUUGUGGCCGUCCAGUCAGAACACCCACACAAAGCCCCCGCUGUUCUUUUGAUGGGAGCAAAGAGAAGCAUGGAAUGAAGAUCUCCACAAGAAACGGUGAAGAGACACUUGCCAACAGAAGAAAAGAAUUUAUCAACAGCCUUCGACUGUACAGAACGUUCUACGGCGGCCUGGCUGAUCAGCUCUGCGUUAAUGAAUUAGCAGCUGGUGAUGGACGGCCGUGCUGGAGUGGAGAAGAUAUAGUCAAAAGCCUUGGAAGGCCUGAGGAGAUCAUCUCUACACCAGUAGUAGGAGUACGUCUGAUUAACUGCAGCAGAGGACCUUCCCACUCCCUCAAAGCCAGGCCGUAACUGAGCGCUUCGUAUUAUCUCUUACUACCUAUUGAGGAGGUAUUAUUAUGGUCUCUGUUUUCAGAAGAGGUGAGUAAGGGUUGGAGACGUGAAGUCACUGACACAAGAUCCUGUCAGCAGAAGCAGCAGAGUUAAAGCUGGAAGGGAUACCAGAUCGCGCGUCAAUUCCGUUGUUACACUCUCCUGCCCUGUCCCCAGUAACUUACACGUGCGGGUGAGGAGCAAGUGGAUGAAUGAAUGUAACAAUAGCUAGUGGAGUUUUUAUUCAAGAAACAGCACAGCUGCCUACACUGAAAGUGUGAAUAUUUUUCAAGUUGCCCACAUGAGCAAUAAGACAGUAUUGAAUUGAAGCCUAGUUUACUGGUUAAAUCCCAAUGCAGUGCCAAAAAUACUUUUCAUGCAACCGUCAGAAAAUAAUUAAGAUUUUUCUCCAUAAUCCCUCAAAGCUCUUUUUAGUUCCUGCCAACACCCACCUAUGUUAGUGUUAUAAUGUGUAACUGCCCAAUAAAAUUGCUUUUAAAG